AUGGAAUUGAAAGAAUCCGAGUAUCAACGGCAAAUGCGACGAGUCGCCUUCUUCGCAGUGGUGAUCUCAACCAGUGCUGUUAUCACGUCCAUAAUCACAUUACCUAUGUUGUACUCAUUCGUAGCAAAUCUCCAUUCGCAUCUCAUUCAAGAGACUGAUUUCUGUAAGUCACGUUCUCGCGAUAUGUGGUCUGAAAUGUCGAUUCUGAAUCACCAGCAGUACAUUGUGAAACGUUUGAAACGUCAGUACGGAUCAGGAGGUGGAUACGCGUGUUGUGCAUGUCAACAAGGACCAGUUGGACCGCCAGGACCUCCUGGAGACGACGGUGAGCCAGGAGAUGAUGGGAUGAACGGGAAGGAUGGCAAGAAUGGCAAAGAUGGCCAGAUUUUGAAAGUUGAUGAGGAGAAGGAGCCAUGUGUAAUAUGUCCAACAGGUGCGCGAGGCCCAGCAGGUCCUCCAGGUCGAAAGGGGCCACAGGGACCGAAAGGCAAGAAAGGAGAUGAUGGGGUUGAUGGUAAACCAGGGCCACAAGGAAUGGCUGGACCUCAGGGGCCAACCGGUCCUCGAGGAAAAAUAGGUCCAGCAGGUCCUCAAGGUGAACCAGGUCGUUUGAUCGAGCGAGUUGUAGGCCCACCAGGCCCUCCAGGAGAAUACGGACCACCAGGUUUACCAGGUCCAAAAGGAGCACCUGGUAAAGAUGGGACAUCACCUCGAGGAGAGCAAGGACCAGAGGGUGACCCUGGUAGACCGGGAUUGGCUGGAAAACAGGGCGAACAAGGGCCAAAAGGAGCCGAUGGGACACGAGGCGAGGACGGCACGUGCGAUCAUUGUCCUGAACCGAGAACACCUCCGGGUUAUUGA